CGUAAACGGAAGUGAACAGUGCCCACGUUAGCGUUUUUAUUGCUGUUAUUUAAACAUUUAUUAACACCCUAGAAAAUACGAGUCUUUAACUGCACAGCAUCACAUACUUACCCCACGUAGUGUUUAAUAAGCGUUGCAGACAGGACUUAGUUGAUAGAUGUUAUUACAUAACCCUAGCUUGCUAACGUGGGCUAAAAAUGUCUAACUGUAUGGUUUAUCACGCUCAAAUAGCCUCCAUCAUGGAGGUGCUAGCAAAUGCAGCUGUGGCAGAGAUAUGUAAAGUCGUAGACGACGAUUAUGCAGUGUUUCGUUUGGAAAUAACUCAAAGCCAGAAAGAAAACAGGACAUUGCGGAGGAAACUACUGGAAAUGAAGGUCGCACGGGAGCGCGCAGAGAGGACGACGCGAGAGCGCGUCCUCGCUAGUCGUCCCAAUAGUGUCAAGAUCCUCGACCGAUACAGAGGAUUGACAAGAGGUGAAGGACAUCUCACUGGAGGCCACAGGAGCUUUGUGAAGCCAGUGGGACACAAUACAUGGAGCGAUGACCAACCAAUCACUGUUGAUGAGGGGAGUGGAACCUCAACCCAGCACAUUAUCAUGAUAGAGUCUGCAGAUGCAGAGGCUGCAGGUCCUGUGGUCAAGCAGGAGAGGUCUGAAGGAGAGGAAAUCCAACGGCACAGCAGAGACAUCCAAACUGGAGCGUCUGGAGCACCCCCUGUAGCCACGGAGGACCCCACUACCACCCCAGUACAUCCAAGGGCCCGACGCAGCAUCACGGAGGUCAGUGGAACGCAGAACGCCAUCCUCAAGUCAGAGACGGAGACCAAGACUUUAACUGUAACACACAGGAUCUGACCACAGAUCAGACCCAGAGGGGCUGGGGAGACUGGGCCGUCCUCCUGCUCCCGGCUGAGUAUUUACCGGUAUUUCACCAGAGUCAGAGGACGGUUCAUUCCCAUGGGGAUGAUGAAGCGUUAGACGCUGGCGGUGAUGAUCCGUCUUGUUUUUACACUACAGAGAUGGACCCUGGCAACAUAUCCUUGGGUUUAGAGACACAGACUGAUCUGUCUAGAGGGAACUGGAACCGAUACAGUAGUAGUGUAUACUCUGAAGGGUGCCAAGAUAAGAAAGGGGAGGUUAUAGUGGUAGAUGAGGUGUGAAAAUGGAGGGUGACGCUCCUACCACAUGGAAUGCAGAUAGUGACCUUGGAGACAGACACUCACAGGGCAGAGAUUUCUUACAUUAUUGGGAAAGCUUGGAGACAAAUCCAAACGUCGCGACCCACUCCCAUUUACACGCAUUCAGGAAUCUAGACCAGUGUCCACAUGGAUGGCACCUUCUGAUUCACAUGGCUGCGUCCUUUUUGAUCAGGUAUUGAACUCAAUCGACAGGGCUAGAGCCCAGGCUCAGGGUGGGGGAGCCACAUCAGUCAAUAGUAAAGAGAAACGGUUCCUCUGCAUGUUCUGUAACAAAGGCUUCAGCUGCCCCCAGAAGGUGGAGAUCCACCAGAGGGUCCACACAGGGGUGUACCCAAUGUGAGAAGAGGUUCUCCCACCAGGACACCCUGAAGAGGCUGUACCAUUGAGAGCAUCUUGACUGGCUGCAUCACUGCUUGGUAUGGCAAUAGCACCGCCGUCGAUCGCAUUGCGCUGCAGAGCGUGGUGCGGACAACCCAGUACAUCCAGGACCUCUAUAUCAGGCGGUGUGAAAGGAAGGCCCGGAAAAUAGUUGAAGACUCCAGCCACCAAGCUAUAGACUGUUCUCUCUGCUUCAGCACAGCAAGCGGUACCGGUGCAUC